CCUACCCCCCAGUCGGUUACCACAUCCAAUCAGUGUGCGCAGCAUCAUCGACAUCCAAUCACUAUGUAGAAGUCUUGGAGGCAAUUAGCUCCAGUAGCCAUUUAGUAACGGUUAAUGUUUGAAAUUCAUCACUGAAACUCAGGCGGUAACAAGGUAAAGUUAGCACCAUGUAUGGGUUGUUUUAUUUCGUUGACGGCUCCGUUAUUGGAGAGAGUACAUCUAUUAUACAGGAUGCAUAUAUAAAUGCUGGUGUUACAGUGACUUGCAAGGAAGACAUCCAGUCCCAGGAAGGCUGGAUAGAGGUGAUUUUGCCAGCUAAACGCAGGCAAGAUCCGAAGCCGGUUGCAGCCAAACUGCUGUUCAUGGCGGAAAACUACAAAGUAGUCCAGAAGCGUGUCGCUUUUCUCAAAUGGGGGGAUAUAUGGUCUUCCAGUCAGUCUGGCCAGGAGAAGGGGGUGGUGAAGCAAGGAAUGACUUCUGGUUCACAGAUGGCCAAGAUAGGCGAACAGCUCAAGAGGGACCUCAAACAGCAAGCUACAAGACAACUCCAUUCUACUCCUGCUAGAUAUGAGUCUGAUUCUGAUGACACAUGUUGUGAUAUUUUUGAUCCUCCCAAAAAACGAAAAAUGGUGAUUAACACCAGUGAGGAGGAGGAUGCCAUCCCUCAGGUGGAGUCUCAGCGGCCUGGGACAGUGCCUGCAGUUUUUGUUUUACUGGAUGAGGACAGUUUAAAGGCUCUGAAAGAUGCAGUGAGAGAGCGAAUCCCCAACACCGAGGUGGCAGAGAUCCGGGCCCUUCUAUGGAGGAAGUGCAGCAAUAAGAGCUACAAGUCCUCUAGUAACUCAAGUCAGAGCUAGAUAUGCAUUUGUAGUAAGUUGUUUUGCCAUUGUUCUGUUCCCGGCAUUUCAGAGAUAGUCGACUGUUCAAGGUUCCUCUUUUUGCAAAUAUCUGCUUUUGUGUGUUACUUUUGUGUUAAUAAUAAAGAAGAUUUUCUGAAAU